AUGAUCACCUACUCAAUUCCGUUCUACAAGUGGCCGAUCGGACGGGAGAGGAGAGUGUUCGCUGCUUGGGGCGUGGCCACGAUUGACGUUAAUCUGAAUCACGUGGAUAUAAACCAGUGCCCUGCCCCGCACGCCUUGAAGCACAGAGACGAUCCAUUUAUAGGAACUCACCGCUGUCAUAGUCUUUCAACGAAGUGCGAGCCUGUCGCUGGGCGUGGAUUCCGUAGCGGUGGAUACCGGUGUAGCUGCCGCAAAGGAUUUUAUUCCAAUUUGGUUGAGAUUGACCCAGAGACUAACGUCGAAACGCCGUUUAAAGCUUUCGAUGGCUACCAGAUAGAGAAGGAAUUCGCCAAGAGCAAACGCAAAUUGGAUAACACCUAUGACUCGUUGACAUGCCUCAAAUGCCAGCCACAUUGCGAUGAAUGCGUGGAUGACACGCCGUGCCUUUCCUGGAUCAGUAGGAAGCUGAUGCUCGCUUUCUGCAUUAUCGUCGGCAUCUGCUGGCUUCUCGCUCUCAUCUUCCUCAUCAUGAUCUGGAUGAAGCGAAAUAAUGUGGUCAUAAAGAUUUCUAAUGUCAUCAUUUUGAGCCUGAUUAUCAUUGGAGCAUGCAUGAUGCUGGCAGAGGUUAUUCUUGCUAGCUAUGAGCCAACAAAAAAACUAUGUCAUGCUUCCAUCUGGAUGUACACGGAAGGAUUUGUGCUCGCCUACACCGCGCUCAUCGUGAAGGCAUACAGAGAGGUGACGGUGUGCAGGAGCGGCUAUAUUGGGAAAGCAAGGGCGAACGAUAAGUGGCAUUAUCUUGUCAUUGCUAUCGCGGUGAUCGUCUUCACCAUCUUCAUGGCUAUCUGCACCGCUAGAGCUCCGAUUCUUCCUCAAGUGUUCGUACAGAGUGCCGACCACAAGUACCUCAUGUGUGACCACAGCUGGUGGGCCUGGACGGUCACCAUCGUUGAAUAUCUACUGGUGUUCUUCGCCGGCGUCGCCAUAUCGCUCCAUACGGUCGCGAAACGUGUCACUUACUUGGAGCCGAGAUUUAUUUCCAGACUUCUCAUUAUCUUCCCUAUCAUCCUGCUCUGUAUCUUUAUAAUUGGCGCUCUAAACAGGGGGCAGUGGUACGUCCAUGCCAACUACGUGAUCAUAUUCGCGAAGGUGAUGGUGGCUGCCACGCUGAUGCUGAUAUGCGUAUUUGGAUACAAGUUCUAUCUACUGCAGCACGCGCCAGAAGAAUCCAACGAGUGGAAACACGGUGAUGAGCAACCUGUUACAGUAACUUCGGGGCGCCCAGUACAUGGCGAGACCAACAGGACGAUGCACGAAAACGGCUCUCGCUUGUAAGAUGCAUGACACCACGCUUCGUCAACGUGUCCGCGUGAAACUGCGGCAGACGCGUCAAAGACGCUAUACAUCUGUAGCUAUACGGACGCGUCAAGGAGAAGACUACGCUUCCCGUUGCUGCUUUACGAUUACAUACUGAAAGAGGAUCAAUAUAAGCCGUGCGUAAUACGUAAUACUGUCAGUCCUGCGCUCAAGCAUCAUACGUCUAUCGUACCAACAACACACGAAGCUUUCGCAAACCAACAUCACAAACUGUAGUUAUUUAAUAUAUGCAUAUUGCGCAUUUACAAAUAAACAAAACGGUCGAGUCAGGUUAUCUUGUUCAUGAAUAUAUGCUGUUUAGAUGUGAAGAUAGUGAGUAACCAUGCACAUUUAAUAAUAAGUUGUAUAUCAACGUAUAAAUUGUGUGGUAAAUGGUGCACUAUGAUCUAUACGCGGGAUCUAUAUGAAGUUUUAUUGUCCUAAAACUUCAUUGAUUCGCUAGCAUAAUCAAGUACUGCAUUGAUUUAAUUAAAGCAACGUGCCUGUGUCAUAGUUCAGACAUUGUGGAUGCUAAACAUGAUCCAUGUUUUUAUCAUACGCGAUCAUUUCGAGAUUUAAAACGGAUCAAUAUUAAUGCAUAUGCAUGAGCAUAUUCGAUUGAUGAACACAAAAGCAUACAUACAUACAUACAUACAUACAUACAUAUAUAUACAUAUAUAUAUAUAUAUAUAUAUAGAUAUACAUACACAUAUAUAUAUAUAUAUAUAUACAUAUGUUAGCGACUUUAAUUUUAUAACGAAGGUUCCGAAACAGAUGACAGCCAUAUUAGUACAGGCUGGAAAUAACCAGAGUUUCAAUUUUUACAUUUGCGUAGAUAUUUAAACUUACAUUGCCAGACAGUUUCACUGAUGACUAUAUUUCUGGGACUGUUUAGUACCUAUAAUUAGUGCGUAUUUGUUCAUAGAUAGUCAAUGCGCAAUAUAUAAUGGAGGUACGUAUAGUUAUAGGACAAUGCAAUCUGAAUUAACAAUGAUAAAUAAAGAUGUAAUAGGGUAUAUUACCCUGAAUUUAGAUUAAUCACUUAAAUUUUACUAUAGUAGGUAGGCCUACUUCUGUGGUAUUUAGUUCAGACAUACAUCUGUUAUAUCUUACAACAUAUGUCAGGGAUAGUAUUAAUCAAUAGGAUUAGAUUGGCAUCAUUUAUCAUGUAUCAGUAUAUUGCAUACCUGGCUGCUAAUAAAAAACCAUAGUCGAAUAUUAUUUCAGCUAGUAAUGUUUAGACCACAUGCAUACAAGACAGGCUGGUUACGGUAUUAAUUGUAUACUGGCAAACGUCCAGCAGAGCAGGUAAAUCAAUACCUGAUUCACUUGCUCUGCUUUCAACAGUGCAGCAUAGUGGCGCCAUUUGGAAAAAAAGCAAUAUCACUGCCUGCAUCUUAUCGUCUCUAUGCAAUUUAGUUAUUUAUAUGUGGUAAAUACGAGGUUUACAUGUGGUAAAAAAGCCUGCUAUUUCAAAAUUUGCACCGUGUGUCUAAUCAGAAAAAAAACAUGCAGUUAAAUCCCAACUUGACAUUUAAUAUUUAAACUUCAUGUAUAAUAGAAUUUUACUAGUGGCAAAGUGAAAAUCUGUAUUACUUCUUAGAUUAAAUAAUAAAAUGCAACGGGAAUUUUUAUAUAUUACAACAACA